UACAUUUUCUUUCCCAAUCAUCUUUACUUCUCUAGAAGAGUAGAAGGUCUGUCGUCUUCUAGUUUCUCUCCGUCGUUUUUCACUGCAAUCCCAUUUUGAUUUUGCUCCCUCUCUGUUCAUAGACUGUGAACUUUGAGUCAGUGAGGGAGUCAAUCAUCAAUGGAAAUGGCUGUUGGAAUACAUAACUCUAUCACUCCAACACUAAACCCUAAUCAAAAGGGUUUCCCUUUAUCCUCACCUUUUCUAAGAACCCAACUCUCCGUUGGUCGCACCUUAUCUUCUUAUUCAUUUUCUAAAAUCAAGUCUCCAACUUUCUCGCGUUCCAGAAGAAACCCUCUUCCUAGUUUCAUCAAAUGCUCUGUUUCUGAAGCUGAGGCCACUGAAACCACUACCGAGAAAAAGGUCACAUUAGUGAGGAGAAACGACAUAAGGAAUAUUGCAAUUGUUGCUCAUGUCGAUCAUGGAAAGACAACUCUGGUUGAUGCAAUGUUGAAGCAAGCAAAAGUAUUUCGUGAUAAUCAAGUUGUAGAAGAAAGAAUUAUGGACUCAAAUGACCUAGAACGUGAGAGAGGAAUUACAAUCCUUAGUAAAAACACAUCUAUCACUUACAAAGACACAAAAAUGAACAUUAUCGACACUCCUGGACAUUCUGACUUUGGAGGUGAAGUAGAACGUGUCCUUAAUAUGGUGGAGGGAGUUCUUUUAGUGGUAGAUUCUGUUGAGGGCCCAAUGCCACAAACAAGAUUUGUUUUAAAGAAAGCUCUUGAAUUUGGUCUUGCAGUUGUUGUUGUUGUGAAUAAAAUCGAUAGACCUUCUGCACGUCCAGAAUUUGAUAAUUCCACUUUUGAACUCUUCAUUGAACUAAAUGCAUCUGAUGAACAGUGUGAUUUCCAAGCAGUUUAUGCAAGUGGUAUACAUGGAAAAGCUGGACUUUCUCCUGAUAAAUUAGCAGAUGAUCUGGGCCCACUUUUUGAGUCAAUAAUUAGAUGCAUUCCAGGACCUCGCAUUAAGAAAGAUGGAUCACUUCAAAUGCUUGUCACGAGUACAGAGUAUGAUGAACACAAGGGGAAAAUAGCUAUAGGAAGGUUACAUGCUGGUGUUCUGAAUAGAGGCAUGGAUGUUCGUAUUUGCACAUCAGACGAUGCCUGCAGAUUUGGAAAAGUGAGCGAAUUAUUUGUGUUUGAGAAAUUCUACAGAGCUCCUGCAGAGAGUGUGGAGGCUGGUGAUAUUUGUGCUGUUUGUGGUAUUAAUGAUAUUCAGAUUGGGGAGACAAUUGCUGAUAAGAAUGAUGGAAAGGCAUUACCUGCAAUUAGGGUAGAAGAACCUACAGUAAAAAUGGCUUUCUCAAUCAAUACUUCACCAUUUGUUGGGCGUGAGGGAAAGUAUGUUACUAGUAGAAAUUUAAGAGACAGACUCUACCGGGAAAUUGAAAGAAAUUUAGCUAUGAAAGUUGAAGAUGGUGAAACUGCUGAUACGUUUCUUGUUAGUGGACGUGGUACUUUACACCUAACAAUACUGAUAGAAAACAUGCGAAGGGAAAAUUACGAGUUCAUGGUGGGACCUCCAAAAGUAAUCAACAAGAGAGUUGAUGAUAAGUUGCUUGAACCUUACGAGAUUGCCACAGUGGAGGUGCCUGAAGUACAUAUGGGGUCGGUUGUUGAACUUCUUGGUAAAAGGCGGGGCCAAAUGGUUGAUAUGCAAGGGCUUGGAUCGGAGGGAACAACGCUGCUUAAAUACAAAAUCCCGACGCGUGGACUUUUGGGACUUAGAAACGCGAUUCUAACCGCGUCUCGAGGGACCGCGAUUCUCAACACGAUAUUCGAUAGUUACGGGCCGUGGGCGGGCGACAUGUCGACCCGUGAUCUCGGAUCCUUGGUUGCUUUUGAGGAUGGAGUUUCGACUUCUUAUGCUCUUAUAAGUUCUCAAGAAAGAGGACAAAUGUUUAUAAAACCAGGGAUGGAAGUGUACAAAGGUCAGAUUGUUGGGAUUCAUCAAAGACCCGGUGAUUUAUCCCUCAAUGUAUGCAAAAAGAAAGCUGCUACAAACGUGCGUUCUAACAAAGAAGUGUCUGUUGUUCUUGACACGACAUUGGACUAUAGUCUUGACGAUUGCAUUGAGUAUAUUCAAGAAGAUGAAUUGGUGGAAGUAACUCCAAAAAGUAUACGCAUGUGCAAAAAUCCGAAGAUGAGCAAAAAGGGUCGAUGAACAAAAAUCUAAAAUGUCGGAAAAUAAAAACUCUAUAGAGUAAAAAAUAUAUAGGAAAUUUUGAUUUUUAAUGUUUGUUGUGUAGUUGGUUACGGAUGUAUAUGAGCGUCCUAAAAAACCUCACAAGUCUAUAGUUAUUUAUUAUUGACGUUUGGUAUUAAUUAUUUUUGUUAUAUCAUGUAGAAUUAUUUGAUGUUAUAACUAUUUUUUAUAUUCCAAGA